GACUUGGUGGCUGGCUCUGACAGGCCGGCCGCUCGAGUUCCCAGAGUUCCGAUUGGGUCAAUCGUAGGAGCUUCAAGAUGGCGGCGGCAGACACCUGCGGCGCGAAUACCCUCAGCUCCGGGUCUGUGGCUUCCGAGGCGGGCCAGAGCGGCACCUCUAGCUUCCAGAGGAGGGGCAAGGCCUCUGGGGGCCCCGGAGGGGGCCCUCGGCUGCUGUCCAUUGCCGGCACGCGACCGUCGGUGCGGAAUGGACAACUGCUGGUGUCAACCGGGCUCCCAGCCCUGGACCAGCUCUUAGGUGGAGGUUUAGCUGUUGGAACACUUCUUCUGAUUGAAGAGGAUAAAUAUAACAUCUAUUCGCCUUUGCUCUUCAAGUAUUUUCUGGCAGAAGGAAUCAUCAAUGGACAUACUCUGUUGGUUGCAUCUGCCAAAGAAAAUCCUGCCAGCAUUUUACAGGAGCUCCCUGCACCACUACUUGAUGAUAAUGGUAAAAAGGAGCUUGAAGAUGUACAUAGUGCUAAAACCCCAGAGCCUGAUAUUAACAUGAAGAUAGCCUGGCGGUACCAGUUACAGCCCAAGAUGGAGGUUGGACCAGUCUCAUCGUCACGAUUUGGUCACUAUUAUGAUGUAUCAAAAAGGAUUCCUCAGGAGCUACUAGAGAGUUCAAAGUGGCAUGGAUUCUUUCUUUCAGAACACACACCUCCAGGUCUUAAAGAGGAAUCCUGUUUUUUGUCCUGUGGCUACAUGAAGCUGCUUCAGUUCAUUCAGAACAUCAUUUAUACUGAAGGAUUUGAUGGAGCUAAUCCCCAGAAAAAACAGAAAAAUAUCUUAAGAAUAGGAAUUCAGAACCUUGGCUCACCACUGUGGGGAGAUGACAUUUGCUGUAAAGAAAAUUGUGACAACAGUCACAGGCUUACCAAGUUCCUCUACGUUCUCCGUGGCCUUCUAAGAUCCUCACUGUCAGCCUGCAUUAUCACGAUGCCAGCACAUCUUGUCCAGAAUAAAUCUAUUACUACUCGUGUGAGAAAUUUGUCAGAUACAGUAGUUGGUCUGGAAUCUUUUAUUGGUUCAGAAAAAGAAACCAACCCAUUGUAUAAGGAUUAUCAUGGUUUGAUCCAUAUACGGAAGAUUCCUCGGCUUAAUAACUUGACUUGUGAUGAAUCGGAUGUCAAAGACUUAGCUUUUAAGUUAAAAAGGAAGCUGUUCACCAUUGAGCGACUGCAUUUGCCUCCAGACUUGUCAGACACAAUGGGCCGUUCAAGCAAACAGGAUCUGGCAGCAUCUGCCAAACUGCUGGGCGCAGGCUGCAGCAUGAUGGCCGGAGGCAAGAAGCACCUGGACUUCUAGGGUCUCUCCUUGGUCACCGCAUGCGAAGUUAUCUGACACUCUGAUUAGGAUUGCUAGUAGCUUAUGUAAAUAUUUGUCUGAAUGAUCUGACCCUCCAGUCUUUGAGAAACACAGGGUUAAAAGGAAAGCCACCAUUCUUCAGUUUGGGUUGUUUCAUUAUUUGUUUUUCUGCUAACUUUUGUAUAAACAUAAUAUGGCAAAAAUACUGUCAUUUGACAUUUAUCUGCUGUUUUGUUUUUUUAAUACUAAUUAAUUUUUAAAUAAACACCAAAACAUACCUAAAACACAGUGUGCCUUAGAGUUGUCACUAGUUCUUGUGGACUGCAGCAGUGGAUGAUGGUGGCUUGUGUCUUAUGCUAACACGCAUGUCACACCCCAUACACAGAGUAUAGAACAUUGAAUUCAAGUUGUGUAUUACAUUUCAGAUCAGUUUGUUUUUGAAAAGGUCACCAAAAACUGCCAAGAUGGUGCUUUUUUAAAGAAUGUUUUGUUUGCUAGCAUUUGAAGCAGUUUGCAUUUGCGCAUUCUGUUGUUUAAAAUAGUGAAGACAAAAAUCAUCUUUGGGGAUUCAGUCUGCAUUACCCCCACACACACGUUAGACAAUACAUACAGGACUUGAUGGGAAGCAGACAAGAAGAAGCUGGGUGGAUGGCUGUUCUAAAGUUCUGGAUAAUUGAUGUCAGCACUAUGAAAUUGUGUCAACAGACAAAAUUGAAGCUGGCAGCUACACUAAUACUGGGGUCCUAUGGUUGUAUAGUGAAGCCUGGUGACCAAGUUAUAGACUAUAGGUCUAAGACAAAGUGAAUAACUGGGACAAACACAGAUUUCCAUUGUACCACCCAAACCCUUUGUUAACCAUGAACACUGAUUGAAACUAUACAUCUUCGGGACACAGCAUAUGGAGCAGGUUUUCAUAUAAAACACUAGGGUUUGGUGUCAUGCAUCCAUACUCUUGAAGGGUUUGACGAGCCAGAGGCAAACAGUGGGUGUUAGAAAGCAACUUGCAUGUAUUUUAAAACUCCAAUUUUUUAAAAAAAGAUGUUUAACAUCUGUUGGCAGAAAUUGAAUUUCCAAAAUACAUUUUCAAAUAAAUUAGAAUAUUUUGAAGCAUCUUUAACUAGCA